AUGGUUACCCAGCACUGCUUCGACCCGCUGCGGCACGAUCCAAGACGGCGCAUCGUCGGCCAAGCUGACUCGACUUGGCUUACCAAGGAAACAGACUCUCAAGCUGCCAUUCGUUUUGCUCGCUUUGCAGACUCCAACUUUUUGUGGCGGAGGCCGAACAGCAGCCUUUUGCUGGGCACCUCUCGCGAUGCCGACGCCGCUGCCUCGACCACGGCCUCGCGCCUCAAGACCCAUCUGACCACCUCCGUCAGCCGCAAGCACACCGACCUCGUCCUCCUCGCCUGCUACAUCAUCACGGGGCCUCCUCGACAGCGCGCAACACCCAUCUACAUCGGCCUCGGCCUCGCAGCGCCGCGCGAAUCGACGCGCUGGAUCAAGUCGUCCGUCUCCCUCGCCGCGUUCUGCCUCGGCUCCCUCGUCUUCUCGCGCUUCCACCGCGGCUUCCCGGCCCGCCGCCGCUGGGUCCUCGCCGCCUCCUUCGCCGCCCAGCUGGCCCUGCUUCUGGCGGCCAGCCUCAUCAUCUCGCUCGGCCCGCGGCGGCGGCGGCGGCCGGCCGACGACCUGUCGUGGGACGUGCUGGCGCCCAUUGCGCUCGUCGCCUUCCAGAGCUGCGGCCAGGCCGUCACGAGCCGCGCCCUCGAGCGCAACGCCCUGACGAGCGUCGUCCUGACGAGCAUCUACACCGACCUCUUUGGCGACGCGCGCCUGUUCGGCGCCGACAACGGCGAGAGGAACAGGCGCGUUGCGGCGCCGCUGCUGCUGCUCGGGGGGGCCGUCGCUGGCGGGCUGUUUGCCGGGAGCGAGAUUGGCAUUGCUGGGGCGCUGUGGGCGGCGGCGGUGCUCAAGCUUGUGCUCGUGGGGGCGUGGCUCGUCUGGCCGGCCGAGUAG